AUGUCAAACAGGGGCGGACUGGGCAAUGAAGGCCAGGCUUGGUCAGGUUCCACAGGAUCACGGCGCGUAGGCAUCGUUCAGGUGGAGCAGAUACAAGGUCAGGGGCAAAAACAAGUUUCCCCCUGCUCUGUCACCAUGGCAGCCAAUUGGAAGGGGAAGUGGGGGGCUUUGAAGGAGCACCUUACCAGUAGCCCUCAGGAUCCUGACGCCCACCUAGAGGCCAACCUGGAGAAUGCAGACCCAGAGCUAUGCAUACGACUGUUACAGGUCCCGACCGUGGUCAACUACUCCGGCCUACGCCGUCGUCUUGAGGGCAGCGACCAGGACUGGAUGGUCCAGUUUCUGGAGCUCAAGGGACUGGACCUGCUGAUGGAGGCCCUGGAGAGGCUGUCAGGCCGCGGCUGCGCCCGCAUCGCCGACGCCCUCCUCCAGCUCACCUGCGUGGCUUGCGUCAAGGCCGUGAUGAACUCAUCAGCUGGCUUGCACUUUAUACUGGACAACAAGCGCUACGUCAGGACCCUGUCGCAAGCCCUGGACACUUCCAACACCAUGGUGAAGAUGCAGGUGUUUGAGUUGCUGGCAGCCCUCAGUCUCUUCAGCCCUCAAGGUUACCACCUAGCACUGGAUGCCCUUGACUACUACAAAGGCGUGAAGAUGCAGCAGUACCGCUUCAGUGUCAUCAUGAACGAGCUCCACGGAACGGACAACGUGCCUUACAUGGUCACCCUCGUGAGCGUGGUCAACUGUCUCAUUUUUGGCGUGGACGACCUGAGAAAGAGGGUCAAGCUUCGCAACGAGUUCAUCGGGUUACAGCUACUGGAUUUACUGCCCAAACUAAGAGAGACCGAGGAUGUGGACCUGGAUGUCCAGUGUGAGACCUUUGAGGAGACCAUGGUGGACGAUGAGGAGGAGAUGAAGAGGGUGUACGGCGGCAUCGACAUGAGCAGUCACCAGGAGGUCUUCACCAUGCUCUUCACCAAAGUGAGCAGCUCCCCAGCCUCUGUUCAGCUCCUCUCCAUCCUGCAGGCCUUGCUGCUCGUGGGGCCUGAGAGGGGCGACCUCUGGCUGGUCCUGGAGGCCCUGACUGAUCGUGCCACCCUGCUGGCCCAGGACGCUCAGGUGGACUCCAGUGAACGUCUGAUGGAGCGCCUGCUCCACUCCAAGGCUCAGCAGGGCUCAGCCAAUCCCAGGCCUAAGGCCACCAACAAGGCGGUCCAAGUAAACUUGAUUGACAGCGCCGUGGACCAAUCAAAGAUUGUUGCCAAAGCCAUUGCCCCCGUGGUCUCACCCCCGCCUCCACCACCCUUACCUGGGAUGCCUCUCCCGCCGCCACCCCCUCCUCUUCCAGGUGCCUGUCUAAUGGCCCCACCACCUGCUCCCCCUCCUCCUCCACCCCCUCCACCCCUGCCUGGGAUGGGCCCUCCACCACCUCCACCCUUGCCUGGGAUGGGCCCUCCACCACCUCCACCCCUGCCUGGUAUGGGCCCUCCACCCCUGCCUGGUAUGGGCCCUCCACCCCCUCCACCCCUACCUGGGAUGGGCCCUCCACCCCCUCCACCACUGCCUGGGAUGGGCCCUCCACCCCCCCCGCCGCCACCCCCGGGUAGCGGAGAUGUGAUCGUGGCCCAGAGCGUGCAGUCGUUGGGAGGGUCGUACUACUCACAAGCUGCUCUUCCCAAACCUGGCCGCUAUCCAACACUCCGCAUGAAGAAGCUUAAUUGGCAGAAGCUGCCUUCCAGGGUGGUGUCUGAAAGCCAAUCCAUGUGGACAUUGGUUCAAUCGGACCUUCUGGAGCCAGAUUACUCCUGCAUAGAGAAGCUUUUCUGCCUGCCCGUCACUGACACGAAAACCCCAGGGACCGCCACGAGCCAAGUUAAACGGGAGCCCAAAGAGAUUUCUUUCAUCGAUGCCAAGAAAAAUCUCAACCUGAACAUUUUCUUAAAGCAAUUCAGAUGCUCUCAUGGGGACUUUAUGGCCAUGAUCCAAAAUGGGGACCGUUCCAAGUUUGAUGUUGAGGUGCUGAAACAGUUGCAAAAGCUUCUGCCAGAGAAACAUGAGAUUGACAACCUCAAGUCAUACCAAGGAGAGACGGAGAAGCUCGCUGGUGUGGACCAGUUUUACCUCCAGCUUCUAGCUGUGCCGUGCUACCCUCUGAGGAUCGAAUGUAUGCUUCUGAGUGAGGAGACCACGUCUGUGUUGGAGAUGCUGAAGCCCAAAGCCAAGCUGAUGUACGAGGCCUGCCAGAGUUUGAGGGUCAGUACUCUACUCCCAAGCUUCUGCAAGCUGAUUCUGAAUGUCGGGAACUUCCUCAACUAUGGGAGUUACACUGGGAAUGCUGAGGGCUUUAAGAUCAGCACCUUGCUGAAGCUCACCGAGACCAGAGCUAACAUGUCCCGGGUCACUCUGCUCCACCACAUAUUGGAGGAGGCAGAGAAGAACCGUUCUGACCUGCUGAGCCUUCCAGAUGAUCUAGAGAUCUGUGAAAAGGCUGCUGGACUUAAUCUGGAAUCCAGCCAGUCAGAAGCGAGCUCACUCAUCAAACGACUGAAAGAUUCAGAGAAAAAAGUUGAAACUUCUUCUGUUGAGGACAUCAAGCUGCAGUAUCUGACCUCUAUCCAGGGAAACCUGGAGGCUUGUGGUGAGUUGGAGGAACUGUUUGCCUCCGUCAACAAGCAGAAGGAGGAUCUGGCCCAGUACCUGUGUGAGGACUCUUCUCGUCUCUCACUGGAGGAGCUCUUCAGCACCGUCAAGUCCUUCAGGGAGCUCUUUAUCAAAGCCAUGAAGGACAAUCGGAGUCGUAGAGAACAAGCCGUCAAGGCCGAGAAGAGGAGGAUUCAACAACAGGAGCAGGAUUCCAAACGACCUAGAGGGGAGAACGGGAAGAUAAUCCGUAAAGCCCCCCCAGUGCAGGAGGACGGCUGUAUCAUCGACCACCUGCUAGCUGACAUCAGGAAGGGACACCGGCUCAAGAAGGCCCGGCCUCGGUCCGGCAGCGGUUUGCUGCCCUCUGUUGACAAUAAUGUGGACAGCAGACAGCCUGAGCCGCAUGGAAAUCUUGAGAGGUCCUCAGCUGUCAUCUCAGCGGACGGGAAUGAAGAUGAAUCAUUAGCAUCACCCAAUGAACAAACGCAGCCACUCAAAUUCCCAGAGGCAGGGGGACCUGCACCAGCCCUCCCCACAGACUACGUACCUAAAUCGGAUUCUCCAGAAACCGUUGGCCCUCAAGACCUCCAUACCCCAACGACUUCCACCACAGAGGACCAGGCCACCGGUGGAGAUCUUACCCAGAGUGGAGACCUCGAUGCCUGGAUGAAUUCCUGCCUCAUCCUCCCGGAAAGUGAACUGCACAUGGAAGUGGACUCCAAGGCUGAGGACGCUCGAGAAAACCCAAGGACAGAUGAGGAUGAUCCAAAGGACGGAGCUCCGGAAUCAACUGGGGAGAUCGAGGCUGAUGGAGCUGGCUUUGAGGAAUCAGAUCCAGCAGUUCCUACUUCGGAUAAGGACGGGGCUGACGGCGCAGUGUCUGCUGGAGAGACACAGAGAACGACGAGGAACAAAGGAAAAGUAGCCUGUCAUGCCAGCCUGUACAAUAGUGAAUUCAAAGAAGAAGGGCAAGGGCAAAAGAGAACAGUGACCUUGAUUGGAAUGAAGUUGGGUCUGCUUGCCAGAAAAUACAGCAUCAAAGAUACAACAUAUAGUACUUGCAGAUAAAUAUAUCAAGCACAGCUGUGGUGAAGAGACUGCUUCUGUAGAUUAGCCCUACCUACCUGUACUAGAUGAUGUUUUCGUGAGAAGCCAAUGUGUUGUUUUAAUGUUCACUGAGAUUAACUGCAUGUGAGCAUUGUGCCUUAUUUCCGUGUAGUUUUAAUAUUUUAAAGGGUACUGUUAGGUUCACUUAAAUUUGUCAUUUUAUGAGGUAAUAGGAUAUAAUUAAAGAUUUCCCCAAGUUUUUUUAUGCUCAAUAAGAACAAAUUACAACAAAUGAGAAGUUCACAUGAUUUUUUUAUGUAUUUUAAUUGGCAGUUUUCAUGUAGAUGUAACUGCGAUGAAUUGGUUGAACACACUUGGUAUAAAUACUGCUCAUUGGCGCCGUUGAAAAGCGAACUUUUCGAUGGCGUACAGUAGCUGGUUCCAUACUGAUGUGUGACACAACCUGUGAUGGACCCCAAAAAGCAACAAUUAGUUCUCUGAUGUGAUCAAGUCAGAUGGUAUUGCUCCUGUCCUAUAGCCUAUAUCAUGACUUCAGCUACAGAAUGUCUGCCUUAAGUGGAGGUUGUCACAAAUGCACUUUAAAACAUGAUCAUUGAUGCGGAAUACAUUUUCUAAAAGACUAGGUUUUAUAUAGAGGUAGAAACAGUUUAGUUGUACCUGUUACUACUGCCCCUUUUAUUUCCGAAUGAAAAGUAACUUUGAAGUCUCAGUACAGAAUAUCACAUAAUGGCUACAGUAUGUAGCCAGGCUUGAGUGGAAUAGUGAUCACUGGAAAGCAAUGCUGUCCUCAUGAAAGUUGUUGAUGUUGUCUUACGAUCAUUAUCACAGAGACUUUGUAAUCAGUCUCAUUAUGUAUCACAUGUUGCGAAUCAGCAAACUGUUUGAUUAGCUACAAAAAUAUGUUAUGAAGAUAAUAAAUUUCAGCCUUCCAGAA